GUGUGGCACUGGAAUAAUGGAGGACUAUCUCUCCAAUCCAUGGUGAACCCUGCAUUUACAAUUUUCAAGCACUGAAGAUCUGGGGGCAACAAAAACUGAUUGGUGGUACAGCAUAUAAUCCACAGGUCAACGUGACUGAUCCAGGAUGGCGACAGAUACAGCUUCUCAGACAGCUGGCUCCAGGAUAAUGACCUUUAACCCUUCCAAGGAGGAAUUUAAAGACUUUAGUCGAUAUAUAGCCUACAUGGAGUCACAGGGAGCACACAAAGCUGGAAUGGCGAAGGUGAUACCACCCAAAGACUGGAAACCCAGACGCACCUAUGACGACAUCGAUGAUCUGGUGAUCCCAGCGCCCAUCCAACAGGUGGUAACAGGCCAGUCGGGUCUGUUCACCCAGUACAACAUUCAGAAGAAGCCCAUGACUGUUCGCGAGUUCCGCAAAACCGCCAACACAGACAAAUUCUGCAAUCCUCGCUAUGUGGAUUUCGAUGAGCUGGAGAGAAAGUUCUGGAAGAACCUGACUUUUAACCCACCACUGUAUGGAGCGGAUGUCAACGGAACCCUGUAUGAUCCAGAUGUGACAGAGUGGAACAUCGGGCGUCUGAACACCAUCUUGGACACGGUGGAGCGCGAGAGUGGCAUCAAGAUCAAAGGGGUGAACACGCCCUACCUGUACUUCGGCAUGUGGAAGAGCACCUUUGCCUGGCACACAGAGGACAUGGACCUGUACAGCAUCAACUACCUGCACUUCGGAGAGCCCAAGUCCUGGUAUGUUGUGCCCCCAGAACAUGGGAAAAGAUUGGAGCGCCUUGCUAAGGGGUUCUUUCCCGGGAGUGCUCAAAGCUGCGAGGCGUUCCUGCGCCACAAGAUGACCCUAAUCUCGCCUUCCAUCUUGAAGAAAUACGGCAUACCCUUCGAGAAGGUCACCCAAGAGGCGGGUCAGUUCAUUGUGACCUUCCCGUUCGGCUACCACGCCGGCUUCAACCAUGGCUUUAACUGCGCCGAGUCCACCAACUUUGCCACCCAGCGAUGGAUCGACUAUGGCAAACACGCCACUCUGUGCUCCUGCCGCAAGGACAUGGUCAAGAUCUCCAUGGACGUGUUUGUGCGGAAGUUCCAGCCGGACCGCUACAAGCUGUGGAAGGCCGGGAAGGACAACGCGCCCAUCGACCACUCCAAGGCCACGCCGGAGGCGUCCGACUUCCAGAAGGGGGAGACGGACGAGGGCCCCGGCGAGGCGGCGGACGGGAGCGCGGCGGACGGCGGCGACGCCGCGGGAACGGCGCGGGCCGGCGAGAAGAGUCCAAAGCCCCAGAUCGGGACCAAGCGACAGCACGACGACGUGGAGGACGAGGCUCCGGGGGGCGCUAGCCCCCAGCAGGCCGAGGGGGAGGGGGAGGGACAGGCGGAGCAGAAGAAGGCCAAGCUCACCAAGGCCGAGCAGGCCAGCAAAGGGGCCAGGCCGUCCGAGUCCGACGCAGAGCCGCCAAAGUCCAAGCCAGAGCCAAAGGUAAACAGCAAGGAGAAGAAGCCGCAAGCCAACUCGGCCAAGCCCGCCGACGCCAAGCCCCCCGGCAAGAGCCCCGUCAAGAAAGAGAAGGCACCCGCGGAGAACCCCGCUCGGGAACCUUCCCCCGCCACCGACGCCCGGUCCCCCGAGAGGCCGGGGCCCAGCGAGGACGCCGGCAGCGCCGCCAGCCCGGCCCACCGGCUGUUCCAGAGGACCCUGAGCCCCGCCGACGUGCUCCACGUCCACAGCUACGCCAAGGGCGACUACGGCGGCGAGGGCGACGCGCCCGCCAAGGAGGAGAGGAAGAGCGACAGCAGCGACAGCGACUCCGAGGACCCCGACGAGAGCCCGGGGGCGGAAGAGGGGUACAAAAACGCCAGCGUGCCCAGCAACCUGGGGAAACUGCCCCGCCAUCACCCCCUGAUGAAGGACAGCAUGAGUGACGAGGAGCUGGAGGAGCAGGUGCCGGCGGAGGAGGACGGUCUGGAGGGGGAGAGCUGGGCCAAGCCCCUGGCCCACCUGUGGCAGACGCGGCCCCACAACCUGAAGAAGGAGAAGGAGUACAACCGGCGCAUGGGCCUGCAGUCUCCCUACUGCUCCAUCUGCAUGCUCUUCCAGACCUACCAGCGGACCGAGUGCCCCGACAGCUCCGAGCUCCCGGCGGUGCUGUCCGGCGGCAGGCUGAGGACCAAGCCCCUCAUCCCGGAGACGUGCUUCACCACCAGCACCGAGGAGGGCUCCGAGGAGCCGCCCACCCCCACCCCCCACCUGGAGGAGGACGGCACCAGCCUGCUCCUCAGCUGCUCCCACUGCAACAUCCGCGUGCACACCAGCUGCUAUGGUGUGGAUCCAGCCAGUGUGACCAAGGACUGGAAAUGUGCGCGGUGCAAGGCCAACGCCAUGACAGAGAGUUGCUGUUUGUGCUCCCUGAGAGGAGGAGCCUUGCAGAAGGCCAAUAACGACAAGUGGGUACAUGUGCUGUGUGCUGUAGCGGUGUUGGAAGCCCGCUUUGUCAGCAUCAGUGAGAGAAGCCCAGUGGACCUCAGUGGCAUCCCCCUGCAGAGGUUUAAACUGAAAUGUUUCUACUGCAAGAAGCGGAUGAAGAAGACGUCGGGCUGCUGCGUGCAGUGCUCGCACGGCCGCUGCUCCACGGCGUACCACCCCACCUGCGCCCAGGCCGCCGGCGUCCUCAUGCAGCCCGACGAGUGGCCCUUCGUGGUGUACGUCACCUGCUGCCGCCACAAGGGCCCCGUCCAGACUGAGCGCAACAAAGCAGCCAUGCAAGAACUGACGGGUGGCCAGAAGGUGAUCUGCAAGCACAAAAAUGGCCGCUACUAUCAGUGCGACGUGGUGCAGCUUACCAAGGAGACGUUCUACGAGGUCAACUUCGACGACGGCUCCUUCAGCGACAACCUCUUCCCCGAGGACAUUGUGAGCCGAGACUGUGCCCAGCUCGGGCCUCCGCCCCAGGGGGAAGUGGUGCAGGUGCGGUGGACCGACGGCCUGGUUUACGGGGCCAAGUUUGUGGCGGCGCACGUGAUCCAAAUGUACCUGAUGGAAUUCGAGGACGGGUCACAACUAACAGCCAAGAGGGAGGAUGUCUACUCCCUGGAUGAGGAACUUCCUAAGAGGGUCAAGUCAAGACUGUCGAAGGCGUCGGACAUGCGCUUCGACGGCAUCUUCGAAGAGAAGGAGAUCAUGAAGGUGUCCAAGAGGCAGAGGGUGCUCAACUCGCGUUACCGAGGAGACUACAUUGAACCUGUGAUCUACCGAGCCAUCAUGGAGUAGCCAACCUUGACAACCCCCCCCCCCCCACA